CACAUGUUUUUACCCCCGUUCUUACACCAUUUGAGGUGUUGAUUCUCGUGUUUUAGGCCGAUUUCACGCUAGGUUGUGCUUGUUUAUGAUAUUUCAGGUCCUAGUACGUGAAUGGAGGCUUGGGAGCGAGUUUGAGGUCGAUUGGACAAGGAUCGGACGCAUGGCGAGGUUCUGAGGAAGUCGCGUGGGCACGCACGGGAU